AUGCAGGAAACCUGGUGCAAAGGAGACGACAUAAAUGAUGACUACAACUCACUGAUAGGGAAACUGAAGGAGUGUUUAAGGAAGGCUAAUGGAGUGUGUCUGAGAGAGAAGAAGGGAAGAGUCUCGGAGGAAACUACGAAGUUACUCGAGAAGAGGAAAAAUAUGAGGAGGACUAUUGAAGAUCACCUUGAAUAUUCCCUUCUCAGCAGAGUGAUUCAUCAGCAACUGAAGAGGGACUUUGAGGCAUACCGAAUGGAGAAGCUCCUGAAGGCCGCAGAGGAAAAGAAGAGCCUCAAGAGGGACAUGGCACUGUAUAGAUCGGAGGUGACGACCAUGAAUAAUACAGAUGGAGUUCCGGUAAACGAUAAGAGCGAGAUGGAAGAAAAUGUGCCACCUAUCCUUGUCAGUGAAGCCGAAAGAACCAUCGGGUCGAUGAAAAACGGAAAGGCGCCAGGGAAAGACGGCAUAACAUAG